AUGUCGAAUCUUCAUAACCUUAGUGAUUUUUCUGUCUAUAACAACUCAAUUGAGGGAAGCGUUUCAUUGAAAUCUCUGAUUAACGAUCUAAACCUAACAACCGUAGAUCUGAGCUCAAACAGGCUUACUGUAGAUAUUGAUCAAAAUUUCAGUUUGUACUCUAAAUUCAAACUAGAGUCUCUGUAUUUGAAAUCAUGCAAUCUAAAAGGAUUCUUCCCUACUUUCAUCUGUAAAUUGAGUAAUCUCGAGUAUUUGGACUUGUCUCAUAAUAACCUGACAGGAGUUUUUCCUUCUUGUAUCUCAAAACUCAAAAAUCUAUUUUCAUUUGAUGUAUCGAACAACCAACAUUACGGUCCUCUGCCUCUUCCACCUCAAGCUGCCUCUCCCGACUCAUUUUUUCAGUAUCCUCUUUCUUUUGAUAUAUCAAAUAAUAAACUCAGUGGUAAAAUCUCAAUAGAAGCUGGAAAAAGACUAUCUAAUUGGUACGUCAUAAAUCUAGCUGGGAAUCAAAUUUCGGGUUCAAUUCCCUCUUCUAUAUGUUCAAAAAGUUCACCAUCUUAUCUUCAAGUAAUCGACCUCUCUAACAACAGGGGUUAUACCAAAUACCUUAGGGACAACUAUCUCGAUGGUACUCUUCUCAACUUCAUCAGUAAACUCCCUUCGUUGAGAGUUCUUAACUUGGCGAAUAACCAAUUCGAAGGAAGUAUACCCACGACACUAUUUGGUGCACAAUACUCUUUUUUAAGUAUCAUUUCUUUAAGGUCAAACAAGUUCAAUGGAUCAAUUCCUGAUGAAAUUAAUAAUUUGAAUCAACUGCAAAUUUUUGAUUUAUCGCACAACAAUUUCUCCGGCCAUAUUCCUAAGCAAUUAGGAGGCUACUGGAUGAAUUUUACAGGCGUAUUUGAAUCUCUUACGGAUGUGUAUGACAUUCAAUUGCAGAUGGUGAUCAAUGGGAUCAUGUUGGAAUUUGAAAAAAUAUACACUUAUACCUCGGGAUUGGAUCUAUCAUGCAACAUGCUUGAUGGUAACAUUCCAACAGAGAUAGGUCGGUUAAGCGGACUUGCAAGGCUCAAUUUGUCCCACAAUCAUUUUUCGGGUAGCAUACCUGCGAGUAUUGCAGAUAUGUCUAAGUUAGCUUCCCUGGACUUAAGUUUCAAUAGACUAUCCGGGCAAAUCCCAAAAUCGUUAACAUCACUGGACUCUCUUGGGUUUUUUAACCUAUCUUACAAUGAGUUGAGUGGUCAAAUUCCAAAAUGGAUUCACUUUAGCACGUUGGGUGGUGAUGGCUGGGCUUUUGUUGGGAAUGCAUUAUUGUAUGGAGAACCUACAAAGAAUGUUUGUGAAGUGGAAGAAGACGAUAAAAAAAAAGACGAUCAAGAAGAUGAUCAAGAAAAUUACCAAGAAGAUACAAAUGAGAAAUUGAUAUUGUAUAGUAUUAUUUCUUUAGGGUUUAUAUUGGGAUUUUGGGGUCUAUUCUUUGUGAUGCUUAUUAAAAAGGAGAAAUGGUGGUUUCCAUAUUGGAGAUUUAUCGAUUCUAUUGUAGUUGUGAUCAUAAGAUGUAUUCAAAGUGAAUAA